CUUUGUUCAGAGGCUGGGUUUGGUUUCUUCUGGGUUUCUGACGCUGCUUCCCAACGUUGACGAGAACCUAAAGGUUAAAGCUGCGUUUCUCUCUGCAGCUACGGAGACAUGGUCCCAAGCACCAUCGCAGGGAAGAUCUUCGGGUCCAUCUGCUCCCUCAGCGGCGUGCUGGUGAUCGCCCUUCCUGUGCCGGUCAUCGUGUCCAACUUCAGCCGGAUCUACCACCAGAACCAGCGAGCGGACAAGAUGAGAGCCCAGCAGAAAGUGCGUUUGGCUCGGAUCCGCAUGGCAAAGAAAGGAACGACCAACGCCUUCCUCCAGUACAAAGAGGACCACACUCUUGGAGACAGAGACAGCGGCAGCACGGCUCUGUGUGUGAAGAACCGCUCAGCAUUCGAGCAUCAGCACCACCACCUGCUUCACUGUCUGGAAAAGACCACGAACCACGAGUUCACAGACGAGAUGACCUACAGCGAGCUCUGCAUGACCGAGUCGGUGGGCUUCAGGACCAGCCGCAGCACCUCCCUGUCCAGCCAACAGGGGGCGCAGAACAACUCCACAGGUUGCUGCCCCCGCCGGGCGCGCAGGAGAGCCGCCAUGCGCCUGGCUAACUCCACGGUGUCCGUCAGCCGGGGGAGUGUCCAGGAGCUGGACACGCUGCACUUUAAAACCACCGCCAUACCGCCCCAAACUCGAUCCAGUCUGAACGCCCAGCCUGACGACCUGAAGCUGAACUGUGGCGAGCAGGAUUUCAGCGCCGCCAUCAUCAGCAUCCCCACGCCACCUGCCAACACGCCUGAUGAGAGUCUGCCCCCAUCGCCGGCGCCCCUCGCCGGCAUCCUGAGGAACACCCGGGCCACCGCCUACACCCACGACACCGUCAAAAUCUCCUCUCUAUAACCUUUGAUUCCUCCCCCUCCCCCCUCCCCCUCAGAAACGCUCGCCCUCUGAACCGCUGAUCCUGGAUCCGACCCGCAGGCUGACAGCUGGGACUGCUCUGAUCCUUGGACAAGAUGUUCGGGAUGAGCCCGAAACAGGAACUUUAGAGAAGGAUUUAUCCUCCAGAGAACAGCUAGGAAGCAGAAGACUCCUCCGUUUCAACACUUCCACACACUUUUCACCCCGACACAGUUCAUCCUGAGAGGCAGGAGCGUCCUGGACCGCCUGACACCAGCCGCAGCUUUGGGUUCUUUGGGUUUAUUCCUGUUCUGGGUCUAAAUGGGAUGGAUGGAAAAGGGCUGCUCUGGAACGCCGUCUCACUUUCCAUCAAGAAAGGAACCGCUUGUGAGACCGAGUCGACUCAGAGGGAGUUUCUUGGAUCGAACUGUUAGCUGAGUGGUGCGACCCGGUUUUAAGUGAGAACUGGUUCUGACUCUGAUUGAGAGGAUUAAAUCCAACCCAGGAGCUGGAAAGAUGAAUCUUCAGGAUUUGGCUGCAUGUUUGGACCAUUUCCGUACUCACUAAUUCAGUAACCGAAGCCCGUUUGGGCUCUUUGGUUCUGAAGAACAGAACAUGAUUGGCGGGAACUCUCAGGAUUAUCAGAUAAAGAAUUUAAAGCUGCUGCUCAAACCAACUGACCUGCCAACCAAACAGAACUGAACCGGACCGAACUGAUUCUGCCCUUCUCCUCCUGCAAUGAUCCAAACCUUUUGAAGACGGGAUAAACGGGCUCUGAUCUGAGCUGCUCUGGUUCUGUAGCUCCGAAGUGUUCGAUGCGGACCGAGAGCCUUCUACUCUUUAAAAUAUGCAACGUAACAGGAACAGUGUGUGUUAAAAUCUCCAGAAAUUACUGCAGGGAACAA